AUGUUCGCCUACGUAGUGCCUGGACGCCUCGUCCAACCUGUCGCUCAGAUACCCGACUCUCCCGAACGGUUCGCCGCUCAGAUCCAGGAUGCCGAACAGCUCAACCACAUCACCAUCUUUCUGACGGGACAGGCGCCUUUUCCCGAAGGAUACGGCUGCACGAUCCACCUGGACACGCCAGGGAAAGGCUGGCAACUAAUUGGAGGUCUAACGAACGCCAAGCCCUCCGCGAUCUUCCGGCUACGCAAUACCUUCAUCCCCUCUUCCUCCUCCUUCUCCGCCUCAUUCGCCCCGUCCGCCCCAACUUCGUCCUCUACCGCAACCCUCGGAAUCCUCUGCGAGCCGCUCGCAUCCGUCGAAUCCCAACUCUCUUCACUCGGACAAACAGCCCUCGGCGCCGCAUCAAAUCCAGCAAACUCGACUGCGCUCGUACCGGCGAAACCUGCGGGACAGGGUGCGGAUCCGGUUGCGCUGGCGGGACUGGUAGGGAAGAACUUGUUUAAUAGCGUGGCGGGAUUUGCGCAGCCUUUGCCAGACGGGUCGCAGUGGAUCCCGCUCAAUACCGUAGAGCGGUGGUACCGGGAUUUCGAGCGCAAGCUGAAGACUGCGGGAGUCGGUUUCUUGCUGAGAAGCGACUGA